CGUUCAAGCUUUCAUUAGAUCGUGUUUUCCUUCAAUUUUUGCUGUUAAUCACCAUAAAUCAUGGUUAUUAAUUUCUUAGUGGCUGUUCCUUGGAGAUCAGUAAAUUUUGUGUUGAGCAAUUCGGAUAGAUGUUUUGAUUGUGAAAAGUGAAACAUUUUUGAAAAGCAAAACAGAAAAGGAACCAAUGGAUCGUAGUUAAAUGGCUUAAUGCUCUAUCUUCUGAUCCAUACGAGCAGUUUCAGAUGUCACUAAUCAGUAAUCAAUCAAGCAGCGAAGACAAAUCAGAUAUUUUACAGUGUCGUAUUUCUAUUUAUUCGGAUGAGUCUUUUCUUUCAUAUACAAAAACGAACUUCCUUGUUUCCGGAGGAUUAUGUCUGCUUCUCUCUCUAAUUUCUGGGAAUUAUUUCAAUGAUCAGUUAAAAGUAGAUGGAGACAUCUCCAUGAAUGCGUCUGAGUUUCUAGGGUUUCGAUUUUCCCAAAGCUGCUUCCCAGGUUAGGGUUUCAACUUUCAAUUCUUUAACCCCCUCUCUCUCUCUCUCUCAUCCAUAACACCCACAGUUUCCCCAAUCUGAAUCCGUAAGAAAAAUUGACCCGAUCCGCCCGUUUUAGUAUGCAAUGGUGUAAAACUUCAGGACAUUUGUUUGGUAUACUUUACCUAUUUGAGCAUGAUCAAAACACUGGAGAGGUACCAGAAGUGCAACUAUGGAGCUCCAGAGACAAAUGUUUCAACUAGGGAGGCUCUGGAGAUAAGCAGUCAGCAGGAAUAUCUGAAGCUUAAAGCACGUUACGAAGCCCUACAGAGGUCCCAAAGGAAUUUACUAGGAGAAGACCUAGGCCCUCUAAGCAGCAAAGAGCUUGAGUCGCUUGAGAGGCAGCUUGAUUCAUCAUUGAAGCAGAUCAGAUCAACGCGGACCCAAUACAUGCUGGAUCAGCUCACUGAUCUCCAACGAAAGGAACAUCUGCUUAAUGAAGCCAAUAAGACCCUAAAACAAAGGUUGAUGGAAGGCUACCAAGUAAAUUCACUGCAGUUGAAUCCAAAUGCAGAAGAUGUCGGCUAUGGCCGACAACCAGCUCAUCAGCCUCAGGGUGAUGGCUUCUUUCAUCCAUUGGAGUGUGAGCCAACAUUACAAAUUGGAUAUCAGCAUGAUCCCAUAUCAGUCGUCACCGCUGGCCCAAGUGUGAAUAAUUAUAUGACAGGAUGGUUACCAUGAUAUACAUAAGAAGAGAGCAUGGGCAGAUCAUUCAUGUAUGGUAUGCAUUCCCUCAUAAGAAUCUGUUCGUAUGUUAUUUGAUGAAACAAAAUAUGUGUAAUGGCAUGGAUUUAAUAUUAUAAGUUUGUUGUGUCUUUAAUUAGGAUGCACUGUAACUUCUUGUAUGAGUGCUCAAGCACUGCGCAUCUUUCUUUGAGCAGUUUAAUUUGUUUGAAAUAAUGUCUUGUUUGCUUUGUAAGAGGAUUCAAACUGUGUUUUUGCUUAAUUUGUUUUUGCAUCAACAAA